GGAAAAGAUGUGAAACGCAAAGGAUGGCACAUGGAAUUGUGCUCUUCAUUUAGAGAGGUCAAAGUGUCGUGUGUGCGACUGCAUGUAUGUAAUGCGUAGCUCGCAGCAGUUCGCAACGCUGGUCAUGCUCCUCGAAUCCUGGACGGGAUGGAAGGAGGGGGCGGGCUUGGCUGAUAUCGAGCAGGGAUACCCUAUAUAUCACCCAGCUGCAGGCGCGGGUGGGUGCAGCUCGAACCUGUCCAAUCGACGUGCAGCCUUCGUCCAAGCUUGCCCGUGUUGCGGGAUUGCCUCACAGCUGCAGGAACGCUUGUCGGCAUGUUGAUUGACGGGGCAGUUUGCAGCUGGUCGAAAGCGUGUGGUUGACCAAAACGUUCGAGUUUCUAGAACUCGACUCGAUGAUCCUCUUGCUUGAAAUUCGAAACUCUCCAAUACG